GUACUCAAGGCCUGGCUGCCGCGAAAAGAAGCGCUGUCCGAACUCAAGACGAUCACGGACCACCCCAAACUCACAUUUGGCCCAGAGAUGCACACGCUCCUGCAGAAACUCGCGAAGCUUAUCCUGGAUGUCAACGUGCACGUGUGCAUCGAAGCAGCAGGCUGCAUAGCCCACAUCGCCAACGGAACAAAGGCGCAGUUCGGUACACAAGCGAUACAUGUUCUACCACCCAUACUCAAGCGUAUGAAAGAGAAGAAAGCAACCGUCCUCACAGCCCUAAAUGAAGCUGCCAAGGCUGUCCUGAAGACAGUGAGUUUGGACUCGAUCGCACCCGAAUUGCUGCCGUUUAUCACGGAUAAGAACCCGUCGAUACGGAAGGAAACGCUUGUGGUGACUGCGUUUGCGAUCACACAGACCACUCUGAAGAUUCUCAACAAGUCACUGAUCAAACAACUGGCAGAGCUGAUUAUCAAGGUAACAUCAGACAGCGCGGCUCCUGUGCGUGAGGCAGCGUACGAGGCUUUGGGUGCAAUGCAGCGAGUGGCGGGUGACCGGCCCAUGGCCCCGUACCUCAGCGAUCUGGACAAACUCAAACAGGACAAAAUCAAAGACUAUUGCGAUAAGUGUACAGGUGUCAAAUCGUCGGCUAAUGCGAGUCGGCCGGUUGCCCCGCGAGAGCCCAUUAAAGCCACUCCCGCUGUUGCAUCGAAAAAAGCUAUACCUACCAAAGACCCACCUGCAAUGCCAGCUCCAGCAGAGACCAAGACAGCCGCUGCUCCUAAGGGAAGAGUAGCUGCACCACCGUGGUAA